AUGAGCGUGACGAUCGAGGUGGGUAUGUUCUAUGUCAAGGGGAUGCACAAUUUAAGUCUGUUACCUCGCGGGUCUUCGUUUGGCGACGUCGGAAAGCCCGAAUCAUUCGAGGUGCGAGGUGAUCCGGGGCGAGCAGUCGCAAUUGCCCGUGCUCGAGGGGUCGAUUUCACAGCUUAUGGCAUUCCGAGGAAUCAAACGGUGAAGGUAUCUAAAAGAGGGACAGUGACAAACGAGAGCAUCUCCGAUCUGUUCAAGGCCCAUGACGAAUACAAUUCAUUUCAAGAUGAUGGACGAGAGAAGGUGCUGCAGCAGCCGCCGGGCUCGGGACGUCCGCCGUCGCCGUCGCUUGGGUCUGGUCCGGUGGAACGUCGAGUCGGGGGUGAUACCUUCUUCCAUGGACAGAGAUACGACGGCGGAUUCCUCGACAUGAACCCCUGGAUGUUCAACAAAAACACCGGUUUCCAGCGAAUAACACCGAGACGGGUGAAUUCUUGGUUGGAUACCCUGUGCAUGGGAGUGAGGCACGAUGACAUGGACAACUGCCGCAAAUGCUUCUUCAACACCGAUCUACCCACUAGGAAUGGGAAUUACCUUCAAGACUUCAUAUCGUGCGCCGACAGUUUCAAAAUGAGUCGAAACUUCGAGAUCUGCAAGAGCGUCGCCGCCGCCAUAAACUGCAUGGACAAGGUGCUGCAGCUUCAGAGUAAGAACCAAGGGGACAUGAACUCCUACGACUUCUUCCUUCUUGCCCAAUGCUUCAGCAUGGAGAACAUCCUCAGCAUGGACAAGACGUUGCUGCCGAUGAUGGCCCACGCUGGACAUGAGGAACCUUUCCAGAGAAUCAAGGAUUAUCCGAGUCCCGACGAGGACAAUGAGAUGAAGAAGAAACUUCUCCUCCAGAUGCUCAUGCAUCUCAUGCCUUUACCCGAAACUGCCGCCGAACGAGAAAUGAUCCAACUGCUCUAAAAUCGCAUCUACAACGUGUACAUACGUAUCGUUCGUCUCCACACGAUCUCCCUCUGCAUCAAUAAAUUAUUCAAAACUGAUAUGUUUAU